AUGUCAGCUGGUAAAUAUUUAUUAGGAACCGCAGCAAUUAUUGGUGGGGUUUGGUAUUAUGAUCAAAAUGUUCAACGUAUUUUACCAAGACAAGAACAUAAAGAAUUAGCUCAUCAAACUCAAAAAAUUGAUCAACAAGUUUCAAAUUUAAAUAAUAAAAUUACAAAUAAAAUUGAUGAAGCUAAAACUAAAAUUAAUAGAAAAUCUGAUUCAAUUAAUGAUCAAGUUAAACAAUCUGAUGCAUAUAAAAAUUUAAAAAAGGAUGAAAAAGAGUAUAAAUAUUUUGUAAAAGAUGCUACUACUCCUCGUGAUGAAAAAUCAAUUUUUACUUUAGGUAUGCAAAGAUAUAUUGAUUUUAUAAAUUGUUUAGGAGAAGGUAAAGUUAAAACUGGUGAAACUCAAUAUAGUUCAAUGGGUGAAUUACCUGAAGUUAAAGAAGAACCCAUUUUUGGUAAUUGGUUUGGAAAAGCUGAUAAUAAAGUAGAUGAAGCAAAGGCUAAAGCUCAAGCUGAAAAGGAUAAAUGGACUUCUUGGGGUUCAAAAAAAGCUGAUCAAGCUCAAAAUGAAGCUGAAAAAAACAAAAAUAAAUUAAUCAAUUGGGGUCAAGAUAAAGCUGAUCAAGCUGAACAUGAAAAAAAUAAAUGGACUUCUUGGGGUUCAAACAAAGCUGAUGAAGCAAAAGCUCAUGCUGAAGGUAAACAAAAUGAAUGGAGCAAUUGGGCUUCUGAAAAAGUUGAAGGUGUAAAAGAUGAUGCUGAAAGACAAAAAGAUAAAUUAGUUAAUUGGGGUAAAGAAAAAGCUGAUGAAGCUGAAGCCAAAAAGAAUGAAUGGACUUCAUGGGGUCAAAAGAAAGCUGAUGAAGCAGAUGCUGAAAAGAAUAAAUGGACAGCUUGGGGAUCUAAAAAAGCCGAUGAAGUUCAAAAUGAUGCUGAAAAGAAUAAAAAUAAAUUAAUUAAUUGGGGUAAAGAUAAAGCUGAUGAAGCAGAAGCCGAAAAAAAUAAAUGGACUUCAUGGGGUUCAAAAAAAGCUGAUGAAGCUCAAUACGAUGCUGAAAAAAACAAAAACAAAUUGAUCAAUUGGGGUCAAGAUAAAGCAGAAGAUGCUAAAGCUGAAGCUGAACACCAAAAGAAAUCAUGGUUCAAUUGGGGUAACAAAAAAGCUGAUGAAGCUCAAAAAGAACUUGAUAAAAACACAAAUGAACUUCAAAAAUAUGCAGAUGAUACUCAAAAAUGGGCAGAUGAAAAAUUAAACGCUGCAUCAAAUGAAUUAAAUAAACAAUAUGAAUCAUCAAAACAAGAAUUUAAUAAACAAUAUAAUAAUUUAGAAAAACAAUUUAAUGAUAGAUAUUCAAUAGAAAAAGAAAGAGCUUUAAAAUCUUAUGAAGAUGCUAAAAAGAAAUUUGAAUCAUUAAGUCAAAAUAUAACUAAUGAUCCUAAAAAAAAUGAACAAUUAAAUAAAGCUAAAAAUGAUUUUUAUAAUUCUUUAGAACAUUUAAAAGUUUAUGGUGAUGAUGUUUAUAAUGAUGUUAAAAAGACUUUAGGUGAUUUAUUUAAAUAA